CCGAUAUUGAAUAGAAGCAAUCGGUUUAAUUUGGAUUAACAGGGGAGAAAUUUUUACGUUUGAACGCUUGGAAUCGCUUCGUUUAUUGUAGUCGCCAUUGAUGACCCCGCAAUGCUUUCCUUGAUUGCUUUAUGUGCCCUCUUCUACCUUGCAGAAGGGAAGGCUUUACGUCAAAGGUUUGGUGAACCUGCAGAUGAUCCUGGAAUUGCUGCCUAUAACGUGAAUGAUGGAAUGAAUUUCCUCUCUUCGUAUUACCAAAAUCAACACUUCCAGGAUGCUUACUCCAAUUCUGCUUCAAGACCACAGCAUACAUUUGAGCAGUAUACUCCUCUUUUUAAUGGAAAACCUAUAGUUAUAUCACCGCCUGAAGUGAUGGCAAAUACGCAAGGAAUUAAGCCCGGACGGAAACCUAAUAAUUACGGUGGUAUAAUUGCAAUCGAGACCAAAGAUAAGACUAAACCCAGUAAAUAUGAAGAUAUAAGUCCAUCUGAAGAAUAUUAUGAAACCCCAAUGAUAAUUGGUGGAAAAACGGAUGAAAAACCUAGCAAAUCUGCAUAUAGCGAACAUUCUGAACUGAAAGAAAAUCCAACCGGGAAUGAAGUGAAAUUCCAUGACAAUGAAGACGAUGCUCAUGUGAUAAUUGGAUUUACCAAAACAAAGCCUAUCAAACCCGAAUUGGACGACUAUAAAAAGGUUUCAGUCCCUCAGUCUUCCCACGAAGUGACUGAUUACAGUAAGCCUGUUGUGGAAAAGAAACCUCUGAAAGUUCAUAAUGAUCAGAUUGUAGCUGAAUUAUCUAAAGAUAAGGCAAAACCCAGUACGCUUGAGUAUGGGAAUCCAUUUGAAGAUUAUGAAACCCCAGUCAUAAUCGGAAGCAAAAAUAAAGAAAAACCUAACAAAGAGUAUAAUUAUCAACAGCUCGAGUCGAUGGAAACUCUAACAAAAAAUAAAGAGGAUGACUAUGAUGAUGUGUCAGUCAUAGAUGCACUGACCAAAAUAAAGAGUAGCAAACCCGAGAAAGACAACUAUAAAGAGAUCACGAUCCCUGUUAAAACAGACUCUGACAAAAAGACUGGAAAGCCUAAAUAUGAUGCGAAACCCAAUGCGCUUGACUAUGAAAGCCCAUUUGAAGAUUAUGAAACCCCAGUCAUAAUCGGAAGCAAAAAUAAAGAAAAACCUAACAAAUCUGAGUAUAAUUAUCAACAGCUCGCGUCAAUGGAAACUCUAACAAAAAAUAAAGAAAAAGAGGUUGACUAUGAUGUGUCUGUGAUAGAUGCACUGACCAAGAUAAAGAGUAGCAAACCUCAGAAAAACAACUAUAAAGAGAUCACCGUGCCUGUUAAAACGGAAUCUAACAAAAAGACUAAAAAGCCUAAACAUGGCGUGGAACCCAAUGCGCUUGAUUAUCAAAGCCCAUUUGAAGAUUAUGAAACUCGAACUAUUGUAGGCAAAGGUAAAGAAAAACCUAACUUAUCUCAGUAUAAUUUUGAACAGCUUGCGGCGAUGGAAACUUUAACCAAAAAUAAAGCAAAAGAUGAAAACUAUGAGGAUGUGUCUGUGAUAGAUGCACUUACCAAAAUAAACAACGGUAAACCCGAUAAAGAUGACUACAAAAAGAUCCCCGUUCAUAUUGAAGGUGGUUUCAAUAAAAAAACCGAAAAGGGCAAAAUUAAAGUGAAACCAACUACUCGUGAUAACCAAUAUACUUUACUGCCGGCUGAAGUUCUGACCAAGGAUAAGUCGAAAGAUAAGACCAGCCCAAUAAGAGAUAAAUCCAGCAAUUACGAAGUUAAAGCAACUGAUAAAAAUAUGGGAUAUGAAAACCCAACAGUUAAUGCUGACGCCAAGACUAAUAAAAAUGCUGAAGAGAACUUUGAAAGUCCAGUAGUAGUUGAGGUUUUAAGUAAAAAGGAAGCAAAACCAAUCAAAUCAAACAGCUAUGACUAUGAAUCUCCUGUGGUAGUUGAAGUAUUGAAAAAGCAAAAAACGGACAAAACUGAAGUGAUGAAAGAUAAGGAUAAGUUGAAGGAGGAAGAUUAUGAAAAUUCUGCUGAGAUGGUAAAGGAUAAAACUUCUAACAAACCCGAUGACGCCAAAUACAAGAACUCGAAGCAGACAGAAACUCUAAAUUUUAAUGCAGAAAGAACCACCUUGGACAGGGAACGUAACGAAAGUCCAGUUGCAUUAACUCCCGUUAAAAAUAAAAAGCCUGAAAAAACCGACAAAAGUGAAUACUACGAAAGACCCGCAAUGGUAGAAGCUUUAACUAAAAAGGAAAAGCCUGACAAGCCCACGGACUACAACCAGAAUCCCAAUGUUGCAGAAUCGUUUACCAAGAAGAAGCCGGAUAACCUGGAUGAUAAAUAUGCUGAAAAAUCCACACCAGGCAAAAGUAAGGUUAAAAUUACGAAACCGGGAAGCACAGAGUACCGUUCAAAUCUGCAGUUUUCAAGGGAUCUGGUCAAAGAUGAGGAAAAUGACCAAACACUAGGCAGCGAACACACGCCUGAUGAAACGGAACUCGCGUUAAAUCAGCUGAGUGACAGUGACGAUACGAACUUGAAUGUCUGGACUGCAGAUGAAGACUCUAAGUUUACAGAAUGUCUGGAGCAAAAUGAUCCUGAACUUAAAAAUUUGUGCAGAGAAAACGAAAAGCUGUCAAUACAAGAGAAAACUACCGAAGGAUACAAAGAUGUCUCGAGUUCAGCGCAGUUCUUGUCGAGAAGUUUCGUUUCCUCCCUUGAUUCCGGUCUAUGGUCCCUCUUGCCCAAUUCCAAACCACCGAAUAGGCGAAAGUUUAAGCAGUGCUUGACUCGAAAAAACGAAACCGGAAAUUGCAUGCCUGUUCAGUUCUGCUCUUCUCUAAACACUGCUGGCAAUCUGGAAGAACUUUUUGGCAAUGUCUGCAUCAUCGACGACAUGUUUCUUGGUGUCUGCUGUCCUGCGUUUCCUGUAGAAAGGGUUGCUGUCCAGUGGGAUGACUCUGAAGAACUGCAAAGCGACGACGAAGAUCAAUUCAACACAUCCCAAGAGUGUGGGGAAAUAUCUCGAGACGCUAAAAGGAAAGGGGCAUGGCCAUGGAUGGCUCCUCUUAUAUCUGUUUCAACUGGUAAAAUGUUUUGCGGCGGUGCUCUUAUCAAUGAGAAGUACAUCCUUACUGCUGCCCACUGCACCACAAAAAUUCCUCGGAACCAGAUUCUGAUAAGACUAGGACAGCGUGACUCCAAUGAUCAUAGGUCCGCCGUUGAUUUCAAAGUUGUGGAAAUCAAGAGACAUGCUGGUUAUAAUCCAAGAACACUCGAAAACGAUAUCGCUCUCCUGAAAUUAUCUCGACGCGUACCACUUGGACAGUUCAAAGGUAUUGUGUGUCUUCCUCAAGAGGACAGUGAAAGUGAUUACAGUGAUCAGAGAGCAGUUCUUAUCGGCUGGAAUGGAUUCUUCAAUGAAAAGGCAAGGAAGACUGAGUUUUUGACGGUGAUGUCGCAGAAGGCUUGCGCAGAAAAGCUGGGUUUUAGCGUUGCUGAUUCUAUUUUAUGCACAGAAGCCCGAGAAGAAGAUGAAAGAACAUGCAACGUGGACUCUGGAGCUCCUCUUAUCAUAAACCCUGACGAUGAGGAUUACAAAGUGAUCGGCGUUCUUUCGUGGAACAGAAAUGAUUGCGAUCAGAAGUUUCCUUCAACAUUUACCAGAGUAUCUCACUACCGCGAGUGGAUUAAACAACAUAUAUAUUACCUUCCACCUGCUCCUGUUUAUGUACCUGUUAACGUGUAUAGUGGCAGAGAGUGUGCAAUUCCGUCUAAAAAAAUGUGGCUUCCUGAGAUUAUACUUCUUUCAUUAACGUUCUCUCAUCUACAUGCAAAAGCUUUAGAUACAGAAUUAGGAUUAUCUGACGAUACAAAUCAAGAUGUUGUCAAUAUUUUCUCACGAGUGUUAAGCAAGCUUAUAUUCCAACGCAAUCUGAAGGCAAAUAAAGGCAGUAAUCGUUUGUCGCUUGUCGAAAGUAAACCAGAAUACAUGUCUAGGCUAUUGUCAAGUGGGCAUUCAUCUUCUACUGCAAAUAAUCCAAAAGCCGAAGACAGUUCCAAAGACUUUUCUUCUGAUAUAACGAAACCAGGUGACGUAAAUGAAGAAAUCCAAAUACCUUUAGAACCGUCUUGCUUUCACAUGGACUCCUCACUUGAUGGAAUAUGUGCUAGCGAUAAAACACGUGAGGAUGAUCUGCAUGAAGGUAAAAUAUUAAAUGAAGAAAGCACUGAAAAGAACGCUGAAGUGGUGUUUACAGAAAAUGAGCAUCCUUCUAUUGAAAAACUUGAAACGGACAGUUCUGACUUAACUGACAACAAGGAAUCAAAGAACCGAGAUGAUGAAAAUAAACAGACUAGUUCUAAAAUAACACCAAACGAUUUAGAUGGAGAAUUAUUUAAAGCUACAGAGGUUUCACAUCUCAACAAAUUUAUGGAAAAGGAAACUCUAGCGAUAUCUUCUAAAUGUUUACUAAAGGCUUCUGAAGGAAAUACGAUUCCAGAAGAUGAAUUAGAUCAUAAGACUUGCCAAGUUGAAGAAUUUGAAAACGAAAUCACAGUAAGCAAUGAUUUAGAAGUUGCUUUAGAUAAAAAUGCAAAUUUGGGAAAUCAUUUAACAGCAGGUUCUGAACCAAGUAAAACUUCUGAAACUCGAAAGGAAAUUCUAGAUUCAAACGAAGACUCGGAAAGGUUACUUCCCCCGCAGAUUGAAAGUACAGGCGUUGACUUGCCACAUUCAUUGCAAAUGGAGGUGAUGGAUAUAUUUAAUAAAGACGAACGAUCGUAUGUUUUCAAUCCAUUAGCUCAACCGCAGGAAGUAUUCCAAGAUUGCAUUACGCCAAAAAAUGAAUCUGGCCAUUGCCGUUAUGUACAACAUUGCCUAGUUCCAAGCCUUUUAAGUUCAUUGGAUUCUUUCAUGGAUUAUGUCUGUAUAAUUGAUGAGAGGUACAUAGGCAUCUGCUGCCCUGAAUUACCUGUCUCGACAAUAAAAGUGAAGUGGGAAAAUUCGGAAAAUUUUAGCAUUUCCAAUGAUUCUGCGAGAACAGCCCCAGAAUGUGGUAUAGGAACGAAUACCAGAAUUGUUGGAGGCACGAAAGCGGAUCCGAAAGCUUGGCCAUGGAUGGUCGCUUUGCUGUCAAAGCCAAAAAGGAAAUUCUUUUGUGGUGGAGCUCUAAUCAAUGACCGUUAUGUUUUGACAGCUGCUCACUGCACUUUUGGUGUACCGAGGAAUGAAAUCAUUGCCAGAGUUGGAGAGUAUGACUUCAAAGAUGAUGAUGAUACUCACGAGGAGUUUAUGGUUGUCAAAAUCAAGCGACACGGCCGUUAUAGUCAAAUGACGCUAAGUCACGAUAUUGCCCUUUUGAAGUUAGACAGGCCAGUGAUCUUCAGAAAGCUUGUCAAGACCAUAUGCCUUCCAGAGGCGAAGAAAGACUACGUGGGAGAAAUAGCUACACUUGUUGGAUGGGGAAAUUUGGAAGGAGGUGGUGCCACAAGUGAUAUACUACAAAUAGCAACAUUUCCCGUCUUAAAUAAUACAGACUGCGAAAGAAUUCACGGUCUACCUAUAAGUCCAUCUCUAAUUUGCACCAAAUCAAACGAAAAGGAUAAAGGUGCCUGUAACGGUGAUUCUGGUGGUCCCUUAAUGCUGUUGGAUAAUGAAAAUCACUGGAAAACUAUUGGUGUUGUUUCUUGGGGAAGAAGAGGCUGUGAUGCGAAAUUUCCCACUGUCUAUACAAGAGUGUCUCACUAUCUGGACUGGAUUAAGCAGCAUUCAAAAUGAAAUUUUAUUCAAAAACUGCAUAAUAUAGUUCCUGCAUCAUAUUUCUUGUGAAAUAAUUUCAUGCCUAGCUAAUUUUUAACAUUUUUAAAAUGUAUAAAAGAGUGACGUUUUUAAUAAUUUUGAAUUUGUUAUUAAGUGAAAUUAAAAGUUAAUAU